CUCUCUUUCUUCUUUUCACAUUCAUACUCUCAUUCCAUCUGCAUUCUGGAUUUUUCUUUUCUUUUUUUCCUAAUCUUCUCUAAUCAAAAAGCACCACUCAACACAAUGUCUGUUCGUAAUAUUGGCCGCAUCCACCAGAAGUCGACUGCUUUCUUCCUCUGUGAUAUUCAGGAAAAGUUCCGGUCCCACAUUUUCCAAUAUCCUUCAGUUGUUGCCACAGCUCAGAAGAUGAUUGCUGCACACAAAAUUCUUGAUAUUCCUUUGAUCGUCACAGAACAGAACCCAACGGCUUUAGGUCAAACAGCAACAGAACUGGAUAUUUCGCAAGCAAAGGUUAAUAUCCCCAAAACCAAGUUUUCAAUGCUUGUUCCUGAAGUUGAGAAGGAGCUUCAGGGUAUCAAGUCAGUUGUGCUUUUUGGCAUUGAGUCCCAUGUGUGCGUGUUGCAGACGGCAUUGGACCUGUUGGAAAAUAACUUUGAUGUCCAUGUGCUUGCAGAUGGAGUGUCGAGCAUGAACAGCUUUGAAAUUGAUCAUGCCCUGAACCGUGUCAAGUCUGCGGGUGGCUUUGUCACUACAAGUGAAUCUAUCCUAUUCCAGUUGAUGGGCGAUUCAAAGCACGAAAACUUCAGAUCAAUUUCCAAGCUUGUCAAGGAAACUAAGGAGGCGACAGCAUCCAACAAACUUUUUAUUAGAAGCAACAUCUAAAGAAACAAUUUUUUUUUUUCUGACUCCCAACAGCGCACUGACAAAC